AUGCAGUGCCUCCUGUGCAAGCUGCGUACCCACCAAUGGUGUUUUCUCCUGUUCAACAUGCUGCUCUUCCAUGCCUUGUUGUUUGGGGCAGAUAUUGUUGAGGAAUACCUUCUGCAGCCCAAACCUGGGGUAUACACUGACAGCAUGGUUGUUGGUGUGAGGGAGAAAGCGAGGAAACUAGAUCUGGGCAGCGCCAGGGAAAACAUAUCUGAGGCAUACACUAUUCCCAAUGCUGAGACCUGCAGAGACUCUGACCUCUUUCUCCUCACUCUGGUCUUCAGUUAUCCAGGAAACAUUGCUCAAAGAGAUGCAGUCAGGAGGACAUGGGCAAACCAAACCCUAAUCCAAGGGUUUCCAGUGAAGAUAUUGUUCUUCUUAGGAUCGACUCAGACCACUGCUGCACAAGACGCUGUCAGGGUAGAGUCUGAACGUUAUGGGGACAUGAUCCAGGGUCAUGCUGCAGCUGACUCUUCCCUCCAUGGCCCCACAGAGAGGACUGUGCUGGCUUUGCGCUGGGUGAUCACCUUCUGUCCUUUGUCACGUUUUGUUCUAGUGACCAAGGACUCAGUGUUUGUCAACCUCCCUGCAAUUGGCAGCUACCUGCUGGGACUACACAGACACCCAGAAGACCUUUAUCUGGGCAGGGUGAUCCAGAGAGAUUCCCCCAACAGAGACCCCAAAAGUCCUGGCUACUUACCCCCAGCUCUCUACCCUGCAAAAUACCUACCUGAUUACUGUGAUGGAACUGCUUAUGUUAUGUCCCAGGAUGUGGUCCGAAAAGUGUAUGUGGCAUCUGCAGCGGUCCUUGCACCUGUCCCCGUUGAUGUUUUUGUGGGUCUCUGUGCUCGGAGGGCUGGUGUUGCACCAACCCACAGUGCCAGGUUCUCAGGAGAUAAACACAUUCACUACAACGCAUGCUGCUAUCAGUAUCUCUUCUGCUCAGCAGGAAUGGGAAGCAGAGAGUUAGAAAAAGUGUGGGCAGACCUGGAACAGAAAGGCGGCAGAUGCUCACUAGUAAAGACUUACUAUGGCCUGGUGAGCUGCAAGGUUCACACAUAUCUGGAUAAACUGAUAAACAGAUAA